CUCUCCCUCUCUUUAAUAUAUGGCGGAUAACAAGCAGCCGCUUCUGCCGCCGACGGACGAGUUUGAUCAUCAUCAGCACCUGCACGACCACCUAGAGUCCCUCCCUCCGCCGGCAAACCCUUCUUUUACUUCCACCGCCUCUUUCACUCCCGAUGCCGACGACAUCUCUCCCAUCGUCAGCGUCCGCGACUUCUUCCUCGAGUUCUUCAAAGAAGCCAAAAAGCUAUGGUUUCUCGCCGGCCCCGCCAUCUUCACCUCCAUAUGCCAGUAUUCCCUCGGCGCAAUCACUCAAGUCUUCGCCGGCCAAGUCGGCACCUUAGACCUUGCCGCCGUCUCCAUUGAAAACUCUGUCAUCGCCGGCUUCUCCUUCGGCGUUAUGCUUGGAAUGGGGAGUGCUCUCGAGACGCUAUGUGGGCAAGCAUUUGGAGCAGGGCAGCUGGACAUGUUAGGAAUCUACAUGCAGAGGUCGUGGGUGAUCCUCAACUCCACUGCCGUACUCCUCUCCUUUCUCUAUAUCUUCGCUCAGCCACUUCUCAAAGCGAUAGGGCAGACCACCGACAUAUCGAAGGCGGCAGGAGUGUUCGCGAUAUGGAUGAUACCGCAGUUGUUCGCGUACGCCAUGAAUUUCCCGAUAGCCAAGUUCUUGCAGUCGCAGAGCAAGAUGAUGGUCAUGGCGGUGAUAUCGGCGGUGGCUUUGGUCCUGCAUACGUUGUUCAGCUGGCUUUUGAUGUUGAAGGUCGGGUGGGGACUGGUGGGUGCCGCAGUCGUGCUCAACGCGUCCUGGUGGUUCAUGGUUUUAGCUCAGCUGGGUUAUAUAUUUUCUGGGACAUGUGGUCAAGCUUGGGUUGGAUUCUCAUGGAAGGCGUUUCAGAAUCUUUGGGCUUUUGUUAAGUUGUCUCUCGCUUCCGCAAUCAUGCUCUGUUUAGAAGUAUGGUACUUCAUGGCACUGAUUCUCUUUGCUGGCUAUCUCAAGAAUGCAGAAGUUUCUGUGGAUGGCCUAUCCAUAUGCAUGAACAUACUGGGAUGGACUGUCAUGGUAGCUAUGGGCAUGAACGCAGCAAUAAGUGUGAGAGUGUCAAAUGAACUAGGAGCAGCUCACCCAAGAACAGCAAAGUUCUCACUAGUAGUAGCGGUAAUAACUUCCUUUUUGAUCGGCGCUAUCCUCUCGCUCAUCCUCAUCAUCACCCGGGACAAAUAUCCAGCCUUGUUCUCAAGCGAUUCGGAGGUUAAAGCUCUUGUGAAGCAGCUUACACCAUUGCUGGCAACCUGCAUUGUUAUUAACAACAUUCAACCAGUUCUUUCUGGGGUUGCAAUUGGAGCAGGAUGGCAGGCUGCAGUAGCUUAUGUGAACAUAGCUUGUUACUAUGUCAUUGGGGUGCCAUUGGGCCUAAUUUUCGGUUACAAGCUUGAUUGGGGUGUUAAGGGCAUUUGGAUUGGAAUGUUGUUAGGGACAAUCCUUCAGACUUGUGUCCUUUUCAUAAUGGUUUAUAAAACCAACUGGAACAAGGAGGCAUCCAAAGCUGAAGACAGGAUAAAGAAAUGGGGAGGGGCAGCAAAUUCAAAAGAGGAUGGAAAAUUGAAUCCAGAAGAUUGAUCAACGUCCACAAUUUGGCCAAAAUUAAUUAUGAGGAAAGAGUUUUGAUAUCCAAAUAUAUGUCUAGCAAAAUGCCAUCUUAUUGUUUUUACGUGCAUGUACAACUCUUUAGUAACAACUAGCAGGCUACACGGCGGAGGAUACAUCCCAUGUGCUUUUUUUUUUUAAGCGAACAAAUAAGGCUGAA